UCUGUUUUACUUAGAAAGACUCAAUGUAAAGAAGUUUUAAGUUUUACUAUAGUCAAAUGCAUUAAUCCUUUUCUUUAAGGCCAUACUGUUUUGAUCAUAUUACAUUGUCUCUCCAUGUCUUUCUGUGAGCCAUUUAAGAUCGCCUUUCCCUCUCAGGACUGACAGGUCACUCUCUUCUUCUUUUGCCUACAGUGUUUGUCAUGUUGACAUGUGCCUUUCGCUAUGGCCAUGAUGAUUUGGAUGUGAUUGGUCUGACGUUCCGCAAAGAUCUGUAUGUACAGGUCCAGCAAGUGGUCCCAGCUGAGCCCAGCAGCCCGCAGGGGCCCCUCACAGUCCUACAGGAGCGACUGCUGCACAAGCUGGGGGAGAAUGCCUACCCUUUUACCCUGCAGAUGGUUGUCAACCUGCCUUGUUCAGUGGCAUUGCAGCCAGGUCCUGACGAUACAGGAAAGUCCUGUGGUGUUGACUUUGAAGUGAAGAGUUUCUGUGCUGAAAACCUGGAGGAGAAAGUCUCCAAGAGAGACUCUGUGCGGCUGGUGAUUCGGAAAAUACAGUUUGCACCCUUGGAGCCAGGCCCCGGCCCCUGGGCUCAGACCGUGCGCCGCUUCCUCCUGUCAGCUCAGCCCCUACAACUCCAGGCCUGGAUGGACAGGGAGGUUCACUACCACGGCAAACCCAUCGCUGUCAAUGUUUCCAUCAACAACUCCACCAACAAGGUCAUCAAAAAAAUCAAGAUUUCAGUUGAUCAGACCACAGAUGUUGUCCUGUAUUCACUAGACAAGUACACCAAGACUGUGUUCAUCCAGGAGUUCACGGAGACUAUAGCUGCUAACUCCACCUUCUCCAAGAGCUUUGAAGUAACCCCACUCCUGGCUGACAACUGCGAGAAACAGGGCCUGGCACUAGAUGGCAAAUUCAAGCAUGGUGACACCAAUCUGGCCUCUAGCACAAUUCUUCGACCAGGAGUGGACAAAGAGCUGCUGGGGAUCCUGGUGUCCUACAAAGUCAGAGUCAACCUGAUGGUGUCCUGUGGAGGUGAUGUUGGUGUGGAGCUGCCCCUGAUCCUGAUGCAUCCGAAACCAUCGAAUGGACGCGGGGCUGAGGAUCUGAGCUGGGAAGCAGGGAAGGGAUCACUCCUCUGGGAUCAGGAGCUAGUAGUGAAUGUGGAAGACAUGCAGACAGUUGUUUCUAACCCUCCAUUCCCCUUCGCUGCUUCUGCAAGCUCUGAGGACAUAGUCAUCGAGGAGUUUGCUCGGCAGGAGCCUGGCAGCGAGGAGAACCAGGAGGCUUUGGCAGCUGAGGGGGAUGAGGGCAGCUGAGUGCCUGGCUUUGGUGCCUCUGUGUGGGAGCCCCACUGUAACGCUCUAAUAAAUCAGCUUGUCCAGAUGUGCCUGGUGAUCUCUCUUGUAUUUCCUCCUCCGGAGGGUAAUGAAACUACCUAGAAUGAGCCCCUCCACCCCUAUCAGUGAUGAGAUCUCCUGUAGCACAUGCUUUUCCUCAAAAUGAGUCCUGACUUCCCUCUGGCAAGGCCACUCGCCCUCUGUGGGUCCUUCCGCUUUCCUUCAAGUCCUGGCCAUCCCCGCCUGACUAUCACCCUCCCACAAUCACCCACUGCCCCAGCUUCCCCAGCUGCCCCACCAUGGGAGCCACAGAAGCUGAGGGCAGAGCCUGAGGAGGCAUGACCCUGAGCCCAAGCCUGGGGGCGAUGCUGAUGGUUGGAUAGAGAGCGCCAUGUGACCUCAGGCAGCAGGUGCCGCCCACCUGCCCACAUGCCUCGCAUACUAUGAGGCCCACAGACUAGGCUUCGGCCUGGAAACCAUCAGACUCAAUUGAGUACCAGUCUACGUGUAAAACCAAGCCGCAUAAUCCUUGGGGAGCAGAGCAGUGGGGGCCUGGGUUGGGCUUUGGGGAUAGGGAGGUGAGAUGGAGUGGGGGUGGGUUCUCUAGGGAAUUGAUUAAUUUCCUCCUGGCCUAGGGUGACAGUUGGCCUACUUAUCAUCACUUAGUUUAUGUACAACAGCUUGAAGGCACCUGCCAAGGCAUCACACAGUAUAUUUUUGCCCCCUUCUU